AAACCGUUCAUUGCCCUAGGUAUGCCCCCGGCAGAUCCCGCCACUAAUGGAAAUCUACUUCGACUUGGUUAUUUCGUCUAUCACUUUCUUUCUUCUGCAUUCAAUCUAUCUACCGCGAAUUUUACUUGGUAACUUUAUACGCGACCAAUCGAUCUCAGGCGCAAUUGUAGAGACGCCCGUAGCGCCUGCAGCUAUUCCCUAACUGCGUCGAUUUUCAAAUUUUAUCCGAAUUUGAUGGAUUUGGGUCAAAGUUACGCCAGCGUGUCUACGAGCCUAAUGAAGCUUGGAAAGGGAAAAGGCUGGUGACCUUGCGCGUCUCCUGUACGACUGCCGGGUUGGUGCGAUAGGCCGGACAAUGUUUACGUAUCUCUUCGCGACUAUAAUCGGGACGCUGCUCGUUCCCGACCUAGUCAAUGCCGACGACCUCAGCGCUUUAUGGAUUGAGCCUUCUUUGAACUGGUACGGCGUCGACGGUAAUUGGUCUUCGAUCGGUCUCUUCGUAGGAGAACCGGCUCAGGAGAUUGAUGUUCUCGUGAGCACGAGUCUGUCCGAGAUAUGGGUUGUCGAAAAUGGCGGUUGCGGACCUAAUGGCCAAUGUGUCCAAGCCCGUGGCGGCGUCUAUAACACCACCGCCUCGCAGAGUUGGUCUUCGCUCGGUGCCUGGCAGCUUGGCUUGGACUACCUCGGAAUCGGGGGUAAUGGUGAUUACGCGAUGGAGACCGUCGUCGUAUACGACAGCGUGCGUCGUUGGCAGACCUCCUUCAAUAAGCAGGUAGUAGCCGGCGUUAACGAGACUGGCUACUUUAAUGGAUUAUUUGGCUUGGGCAUCACACCUGGUCGCUUCAACAACGUUGUUGCCCAGAGUCCUAUUGCUGCACUAGUCGAACAAGAUGGCACAAUCCCGAGCCAUAGUUACGGCUACACUGCCGGGGCUUACUAUGCGGGCGAGCGAGGAGUUCCAUUGUCUCUAACGUUGGGUGGGUAUGAUGCAAAUCGUUUUGAGCCCCAUAACACGAAAUUUAGCCUCAAUGCGACAUCAAGACAUCCCGAAGUGCUUGUAAGGGCCAUCACCGCUUCGGUCUCUGAUGCUAGCCGGGCACCAACUACCUGGCCGGCGACAUCUAUCCCACUAUCGUCAUUUAACGAAUCGGUGACGGCCGUGCUUGACAGUUCCACCCCAUAUUUAUGGCUUCCGCCGACUAUCUGCGAUCGAUUCGCUGCUAGCUUGAAUCUUACAUGGAAUGAGACGUAUGGUGUUUACGUAUUCUCGAACAGCGAAGAGACUGAUAAUCUGGAGCGAUUCCGUUCGUCACCGGAUCUUUCGUUUACCUUUACCCUGUCGAGUGCAGAAAAUCACGACAACUUCGGACAGCCUCUCGAUGUACCUGGAGUCGUGAAUAUUACGGUAUCUGCUAAUGCAUUUAUCCAAACUCUUCGUUACCCAUUCAUGAAUAUUAUUAACUACACUGCAGCGGCAGUUCCCUACUUUCCUUUGAAGCGAACCGAGGCCAACGGCCCAGCCAUAAUUGGAAGGUCCUUCUUCCAGGAAGCGUAUUUAAUUACAAACUACGAAACGAGUAGUUUUUCGAUCCACAAAGCUAGAUUUCCCGAGAGGCCGCUUCGAGAUACUUCUAUUCAGACUGUAGCAACAUGGGAACAUAGUCCAUACCCUGGUCCACCCCCACGGCCCGACCAAGGAAAAGGUCUUACCGAGCCACAAACCGUAGGUUUGGCAAUCGGAAUCAGUUUCCUAGGCGUGGCAGCCGUUAUAGCUUUCUUCGUACUACGUCGAAGGAGAAGAAAGCAACGAGAUGCUGAGAAUACUGAGGACACAUUCAAUGACAAGGCUUCGACGAUCGACUUAUCACCGCCAACCACCCCGGUAGCUCGUAUUGUUUCAAAGAUGUCAAAAAGACGUGCACAUAGGAAGGGUAGGAAGGGAAGUACCCGUUCUACCGCUACGCAUGAGAAUAUCCACGAAGAAAUUGAGGAGAAUAACGAGCCGAAAAUAUACGAGUUUGCCGCAGACCAAAGCCAUGAACGCUACGAGUUACCUGGUCCAGAGCCCGCGGAGUUAGACGCUACUACGGUUAAAUAUGUAUUGGAUGCUGCAGGGAGGAAGUUUUACCCAAGGAAUAAUUACGAUUAUGCGAAGCAUCGGUUAGAACGACAAGGACAAGAAUUAGCGCCCGAGUAUGCCCCCCGUACGCCAGAGUCGCCGACUGGGAUGUACCACAAUAUUAGCCCAGCAAGACAUUACGGACCGUUAAACCGUACUACCGAAACUCCUUCACCAGCAUCGAGCCCAGCAUAUGAUACUCUAAACAACAACAAUAUGCCUUCACCUCUGAGUUCUCAGAGCGGCUGGACAAAUAAAAUGACGGAUGCGUACUCUUCUAUGGGUUUUGUUCCUACUCAAACCCUUUCUCAUUCAGCCUCGAACCCGAACCUCACUUAUACGCCAUCUUCGCCGUCCUCUUGGAGUAACCCUAGAUCGGCUUCCGUUACUCGCUCUGCUUCCACCGCCGGUUUCUCAACAUCCCAUGACGCUUCGAUUGCACCACCGCCUACUUCAUUCCAGAGAGCGCCUAUCGAUGCAUCGCGGGUAAUAUGCCUAGGGCCUUUGCCAGAUAACAUUCGACUACCUAAUCAACCUGCCCAAACACCCGAAAUACCUCAAACCCCUCAGCCUACUCAACAAUCGAUACCUGGCAUCGUUGAUAGCGACGGCCAACCAAUCGCUUACCCUCCAAUGCCCCCUAUCCCAGAUAACGACGAUUCCCAAUAUGAAUCCCGCCGUGCGUCUCGCCGCGUGUCGAGAGCAGACACGCUUGGAAGCAACUAUACUAUUGAAGAAGAAGCUCGUAUGGCCGCAGCCCGCGAGCAAGCACGAAUAGACGGACCCGACCUUAUACAUAUACCCCAACUAGCAUUGCAACGAUACAGCUGGGAAAUACCCUGAUGAUGCAUACUUAUAACCCACUGUAAUAUUCGCGAGAACAACCUUGUUAUACGACGUUCUAAUCACAGCCCUCCCCCUCUUCUUUCUCUUUUCAGUUUUGAUACCUACG